AUGAGUGCUUCAAAACGAGGAACCAACUGGACUACGCAGGAGGACGAGGCAUUAUGCGCUGCUUGGUUGAACACCUCGCAGGACGCUAGCAUCGGCAUUAACCAGCGCGCAAAAACGCUUUACGAUCGCGUGUUUGAUCGUUUUCUGGAGAUAUGCAGCGAAAAUCACGUUCCGGGUAAUCCAGAACUACGCGCCCCUAGCGGAAUAAAAGCUAGAUGGCAUCACAUUAGUAAAAUGGCAAGCAAGUUUGCAGGUUGUGUUGCCCAAAUCGAGAACCGUUGCCAAAGUGGGGCGUCUCCUGAGGAUUUUUUGAGACAAGCGAUUGCACUAUUUGCAACGACGGAGAAGACUCCAUUUACUUUAAUGCACUGCUACAGCAUACUGCAAAGUGCCCCGAAAUGGCAGCAGUAUCACACAGUAAAGAAAUCACCCACUCCAAAAAGGUUAGCUGCAGAAAUUGAUUUGGCCAGAGGCGAAACAGAUCUGCCAGAUCCAGUGCCUUCAUCUUCCGACCGUCCUAUCGGUCAAAAGGCCUGUAAAGCGCAAAGGUUGAGCCAAGGAUGCGCCUCUAAUCACGUCGGAAGUGAAAUAGCGAAAGCGGGGAAUAUGUUGGCUAUUGCUGCGAAGGAACGACUGAUGUACUGCAGGCAAAAGGCACUCGCCUUAAGCAGAAUGGCAAACCACGCCAUUAUGUCUGUGGAUAUUAAUGGUUUAAACGAAACAGCAAGAGAGUUUUACUUGCUGGAACAAAAAAGGAUCCUGAACGAAACCAAAGAGGCUUUCAAAAACGAACUGGAGCCUAGACCGGAGCCUCUAGACGAUGAUAGGGAGGAUGUAGAGAAUACUAUUGAAAAUAAUGAUGUUGUAGAUAAGUCUGAUUCUGAUGGAGAUUUUUAAUAUUUUAUUUAUUUAUUAUUAAUUUUUUUUUUCGCCGUAUUUAUAGGCUUAUUCUUUUUUCCGUUACAUCAUAUGAUUUAUAAAUAUAAUGCAGUAUUAUGAAUUUAAAAAAGCCUGCUUUAUUCCACCUAGUGGUGCGAUUGUAUCUUUUUCGAUUGUCCAAACUAUGAUUAAUUAGCUCAUGUUCAAUAUAAUUGUGGAAACGUCUACUACAUUAUUAUUAUACUUGGCACGUAAGUCGACGCUGACACACUUUAAACUACCACGAAAGUCGUUACAAAUU